AUGACACAACCAUUGCUGGGAUACAAGCUUUACAGCAACCUCUCAAAUAUGUUCUGGCAUUUCAGGCGCUGCUUCAAGAGUGACUCUAGACGAGGCUCUGAGAAAAUAAGAGAGACAGUGAAGCCUGGGAACCACAGUGCUGAGGCUAUGCUGAAUAUUACUAAAGAGUUAAUUGAUGUGCUGACUGGAGAGAGUUAUAUACUUGUUAAGACCUCCAGAAUGGUGACAGACAAACAAACCUCUGGAUAUCUUAGUGGGUGCCAAGAUCCCAUCAUGGAGCCCCUGCCUCACCACACGGUUCAUAAAAGAAACAACAAGAUUCUUGAAACCACCAACCAGAUUCUAAAGCUGCUAUUGGGAGAGGUUCCUAUAAGAUGUCAGGAUAUCACUGUCCAUUUUUCAAAGGAAGAGUGGGAGUAUUUAGACGGACAAAAGGACCUCUACGAGCAUGUCAUAAUGGAGAAUCAGCAUCCUCUCAUAUCUCUGGGCAGCUUGGAUGUGCUCCUACCAUCUUCCAUCUCAGAACUAGAGGCUGUCGUCAAUGACUGCUGUCCGUGCUGGACAUCCACUGGUUGUGCACCGAGGGGACACCCUCUGCUCCUGACUAAGCGCAUCACAGCGCGAAACGCUUCGAGCCUCAUCAAUGAGAAUCUACCUGCAAAUAAGCCUGAUGGAUAUCCCUUUAUCUCUUGCCAUGUAGAAGAUAGAAACAAAACCAAUGUUGGUAUUAACUCCACCCAGAGCAGGUCAGUCAUCAGCAGAGGUGACAAGGAAUCCAUAGACAACAGGAGAAAAAAUAUACCCAGUGCACGUGGAAGUGUCCCAGGCAUCCCUGUCAACAUCGAAUCUCCAGACUCCAGCAGCAAGAAACAAAAGUGUCCCUGCUCUGAAUGCGGGCUCUGGUUUUCCAACAAGUAUAAACUGGAGACCCAUCAGCGGCUGCAUACCGGGAUAGACAUGCAUUCAUGUACUGAGUGUGAUAAAAUCUUCCUAACAAAACAACGAUUAGAGGUCCACCAGAGAACUCACACAGGAGUCAAACCUUUCAGCUGUCCUCAGUGUCACAAACGCUUUACCACUACGGGGAGCCUUGCCAUCCAUAAGACUACACACUCUCUAGAAGUCUGUUCUUGCCCUAUGUGUGGACAAAGCUUUAAGAGCAAAACAAACCUCCAAAACCACCUAAUGUUUAAUCACAUAUGCCCUGCAUGUGGGCAAGACUUUGAAGCAAAGUGUGAUUUAGAGGAGCACAUAAAGAGCCAUCCAGAAUUAAAAAGCCAGCACUCCUGUACUGAAUGUGGAAAGUACUUUCUCCAGAAAGGGAGUCUUAAAGCUCAUUAUCGAGUUCACACGGGGGAAAAACCAUUUCCCUGUCUGGAAUGCGGAAAAACGUUUGCAUACAAGUCUCACCUUAUUUCCCACCAACGUUUUCACACAGGGGAGGUGCUAACAUGCCGUUAUUGUGAGAAGUUCUUUGUGGACCGGGCACGUCUUGUGGAACAUGAACGUAUUCAUACCGGAGAAAAGCCGUUUGCUUGCUCAGAAUGUUGCAAACACUUCAGCCGCAACAGUCACCUCCUAAUGCAUCAACGGACGCACACUGACAUUCGUCCUUUUCAGUGUACUGCUUGUGGGGUGCGUUUUAAUUGCAAGUCAACAGCUAAGAAACAUUGGGAGCAGUGCAGAUGCAAAAAACGCAAAGCCUUAAACGGAUUCAAUUAA